UUUUUCUUCUCAAUGAGGAAACGGCGACUUUUAACCUCUUCGGUUUUUUGUACCACUUUCGGUUGUUUUAUCAAUUUUCAUCAGUUGGUUAUUCCAAGAAACAUUUAAGCUCUUUUCUUAUUGUUUGUCAUGAUUUUAUGUGGGAUUUGUAACCAAGAACAGUCAAAAUACAAAUGUCCUAAAUGUUGUGUUCAAUAUUGUUCAUUAAUUUGUUUUAAAUCAGAAACCCAUAGGGCCAAGGAUCGUUCCAUCGAGGAAGAGCAGGAGCAGAAUCAGGAGUCCAAAUCGAAACAAGGGCAAGUUCAAGCGACACAGGAAAACUCAUCAUCCACCCACAAUGAAGAUUCCUCCACCAACAAUACUACUCCAAACAAAUUCGACAGAUUAAUUUCUGAUCCACAAAUUCAAGCCAUGUUGAAGAUAAAGUCUCUUCAAUUCCAUCUCUCUACAAUUCUUCGUAUCUUGUCUGACCCGUCGUUAACCAAUGAACAAUCCACCGAGGGACGUCGUGAAAUCGCCAAUAAAAAAUUGUGUAACUUGAGAAUAGGAGGAGUUGAAGAAAAUGAGGUGAUUGAAGAUUUUGUAACCCGUACUUUAACGUUAUUACAGGAGGUUGAGUAGGUUAUGAUGAAUGUGUUAAAUUGAUUUUUUACAUGUUGUGCUCUUUAGUAGGGUGAUACUUGAGAUAAGAGAGUUAUAAUCAAUCAAGGAGAGUAAAUAAAGGUUGUGAUUUUAUCCGUGCAAAUGAUCUUAAGCAACAUUACUUUACUAUUUUUGGCACUACUCUACCAUUAACAUUGUAUAGAUAGUGACCACGACCACGUCAUUAUGGAGGCGACCCCGGGUUCGAACCGCGGGCGCGCGCGCCUAUAAAUCCUGUUGUACUUUGUUAGUGUUGUUGUUACUACUCCCUGGACAACAUCUCCCUGGACAGCUUGCUCUAUUAACA